AUGUUGAGCGGCAUCCUCCUCUUCAACCAGAAGGGGGAGAACCUCAUCUUUCGAGCAUUCCGACCGGACUGUCGACCACGGCUGGCCGACAUAUUUCGCAUCCAAGUCAUCUCGAACGCCCAAGUGCGCUCACCUAUCCUCACGCUCGGGUCGACGACGUUUAGCCACGUGAAGCACGAGAACAUCUACAUUGUGGCAAUUACCAAGAGCAAUGCCAACGCGGGCAUUAUCUUUGAGUUUUUGUAUCGCUUCAUCGCGCUGGGGAGACAAUACUUUGGCAAGUUUGACGAGGAUGCGGUCAAGAACAAUUUUGUUUUGAUCUAUGAGUUGCUGGAUGAAAUCCUCGACUUUGGAUACCCCCAAAACACCGACGUCGACGUCCUCAAAAUGUACAUUACACCCGACAACAUCUCGUCAGCGAUCCGAUCGGUGUCGGCGCCGUCGAGCGACACUUCAAGAAUUACCAUGCAGGCCACAGGGGCACAAUCGUGGCGGAGAGGAGACAUCAAAUACCGCAAGAACGAGGCGUUUGUGGACGUGAUCGAAGACGUUAACCUCCUCAUGAGUGCCACGGGGACAGUUUUGCGGGCUGAUGUGACGGGCCAGAUUGUGAUGAGAGCAUAUCUCAGCGGAACGCCCGAGUGCAAGUUCGGCCUCAACGACCAACUGGUGGUUGGGCAGGUGGCCCAGGGCAUCGAUGGACCUAUCGGCAAUCAAGAUGGGAAACGGAAAGCCACGCGAGCGGCCGCCGGGUCCGUCACGUUGGAAGAUUGUCAGUUCCACCAGUGUGUGCAGCUGGGCAAAUUCGAGAGCGACCGCACCAUCUCGUUUGUGCCGCCGGACGGGGAAUUCGAGCUCAUGCGCUACCGCGCCGUCGAAAACGUCAAUCUGCCAUUCAAGGUCCAUGCCAUUGUGCGUGAGGUUGGCACCACCAAAGUCGAAUAUAGUAUUGCCGUCAAAGCCAACUAUGGGAGCAAGCUGUUUGCCACCAAUGUCGUGGUCAGGAUCCCUACCCCCUUGAACACUGCUUCUAUUUCGGAGAGGACCACCCAGGGCAAAGCCAAAUACGAGCCGGAAAAUAAUUGUAUCGUCUGGAAGAUUGCCCGGUUUGUGGGCGGCAGCGAGUAUGUGCUUUCUGCUGAAGCUCAUUUGACGAGCAUGACCAACCAGAAGGCUUGGUCUCGUCCGCCCUUGAGCAUGAAUUUCUCUCUGCUCAUGUUCACCAGUUCGGGUCUGCUCGUCAGGUACCUCAAGGUCUUUGAGAAGAGUAAUUACUCGAGUGUCAAAUGGGUGCGAUACAUGACGAGAGCAGGGAGCUACGAGAUACGAUUUUAA